AUGGGAAUACGACCUAUAUCAAAUACGGGUAAUACAUUUAAUGGUUUAAUAAAGGAAUUUCCAGGACUUGGAGUUGAUAGGUUUAAUACCAUAGCCAAUUUAUAUCUACUCACACAUUGUCACACUGACCACUUAUGCGGUCUACGUAAUAAAUCAUUUGAUAGUAUAGUUUAUUGUUCCGAAACGACUAAGAAACUAGUAGCAUUGGAUCCAUCUUUUCGACAUGUACUACCAUUUAUUAUACCAAUUGAAACUAAUGUGCCGUUCACAAUUACGUUGAAUGGAGAAGAAAUAACUAUGACUUUGAUCCCAGCUUAUCAUUGUCCUGGUGCCACGAUGUUCCUACUUGAAGGAGCCACGAAGAAUAUACUUUAUACUGGAGAUAUAAGGGCCGAAUCAUGGUGGGUAGAAACGCUUUCCAAAUGCCCCAGUCUUUUUCCAUAUACUGCCGGAUUGAAAGUUUUGGACAAUAUUUAUUUGGACACCACUUUUAUCUAUAGAGGAGAGCCAUUUAUAGAAAUACCACUGAACAAUGAAGGUAUUUCGGUAGUUACACUGUUGAUAAAAUCGUAUCCUAGAGACGACCCUGACGUACAAUUCUACUUCGUUGAUAGCACAUCUGGAUUUGAAGAGGCCUGGGCGCAGAUAGCGAAUUCUUUACAGGGCACUUUACAUACAAGUGAAGAAAAUAAGCUAAGAAUAGAACUGCUUGAUUGUAAUCACCUAUAUACACAUUACGGUCACGUACUAAACCAUUUGAUUAACAAACAAUCAAAUUCUCGUAACUUGAAAUUCCAUGCAUGCGGUAAAUAUUUACCUUCAUGUAUGUCAGACGUUCCCAAAUUUCCAAUUAGGAUAAAGCAGUGUAUUGAUUUUAAUAUUUUAGAUUUUACAGGGGUGUUUUGUCCAAUUCUUUUGAGUAGUAUCUCGUCUUCUGAACGUACCAGUGGAUUAAAAAUGUUAGGAAAAACACUAAAAGGAAACAUCGUAUAUGAGUUUCGUGGAAGAAGAUGGCUCUGCAAGAAAGAUGGAAAUGAACUCUUACCUGCUGAUAUUAAGUUGGUAUUUUCCAGACAUUCUUCAUAUUCAGAAUGUAGGAAUUUUGUUUCUAAAUUCAAAUUCAGAGAUGUCUACCCUUGUACCGAAUCGAAAGAUACAUGGCAAAAUGGAAUGAUAAUGUCGCGUCUAUUUGGCGAUUUGGUUUAUAAACCUUAUAAAGGUGACAUUACAUUGCUUGAAUACGAUAAGGCCAAAUCCCUUGAAUAUGGACCCCACCAUUCCUCGCUAUUGAAUAGACCUGUUAAAAUUAUUAAUAGGUGGAAUUUCUCUGAAUGUGUGGAUGAAAUAAGAUGGGUGAAACGUUUUCUCUCUAAAAUUGACAAUAACUCGUCUGACAUUGUACAUCAGAAUUCUAAUCAGUUCAAUUUUGAAGGUCAAAAAUUUAUUUCAAAGUUUGAUUUGUCCAAUUAUACAGAAGAUGAGAGACAAUUUCACGAGGAAAGACAUAAAGACAUACAAUUGCAAAAAAUUGUUAUUGGUAGGGGAGAAGCGUGGUACAGGAAGAUAAUAGAAAAUCAGCAGAAGCUUUAUUGUAAAUAUCAUAAUGACAUUGAGGGAGGUGUGCGGAGUGUACUUAGAAAUGACCCUAAUAGUGAUGUACAAUUCAAUGACGGAAUGAAACUUGGUGGUAUUGAUAGAUACAAUUAUGAUAAUGGGAGUAUUCUGGAUGAAUCGACGGAUGAACAAUCACAUUAUGAUAGCCCAAAUAUUUCUCACAAAAAUAUUGAUGAUCUGUCUGUGAAAUUUGGAAUUAAUAGCAAUGAAAGGAUCCACGCAGAGCCCCAACUAGAAGUAUGUCGAAAUGAUGAAUUAACGGAUAUUGAAGAUGAAUCUGAUAGUAUUAUGUCUGAAGAUCCGUUCAAUGAGAACGCCAAAUUUGAACGGGCAUUGCGAAGGAAAACUGUCCCAAUAAAGGAGGAUAUAAAUGAAGCUCUCCCCCAACAGAAUAACUUUAAACGGCCAUGUUUACAGCGGACAAAUAAGUACAACAAUAAAAGAUCUAAAAAAUCUGAUUUUUCAUUCAUUGAAUCUAGUUUUAAUUCUUUCGAAAUAAGUUUCAGAAGGCAUAUUAGCGAAACUGAGGAUGCAUCAAUAACCAAAAAUGCUUCACUGAUGAUGCUAGCAAACCGCCAAAUUAGUUCGAGUAAAAUCUACUUUAAAUCAUGUGCUAGUGUAAACUCUUCUACGAUUCAAAAUGUAUCGAACGACUUGAAUAAUGAUCCUGCAAACUGGUUUAGCUUGAAAUUAAAGUCGGUAGAUACGCAGUUUAAUCAAGUUACAAAGUUUACCUGA